UAGUUUCAGUUGUGCACUGUAUAGCCGGUCUAGCCUGUUAUACAGCACGAAUACGUUAACUAAAAAAUUUAUCUAAACAAAAACGCAAUGUUCCGUUACGAAGAGGAGGGAAUUCCCCUUAUAUCGCGAGUAAGAAAACGAUGGCUCCCGACGCGAGUUUUGAUCGGUAUAAUGAUGUUCACGGCCUGCUGGACCAAUUACAUGUUGAGGUUACAAAUGCCAAUCCUGGCCGUGCCGAUGAUCAAGGCUCGGCCCACAGCUGGUGUCAACAUGUCGGGCGCCGCAUGUGACGUUAGAAUACGUCGCGCCAUCGCCUGGCUGGAUCCCGGCAUAUAUCUCGAAGAUUAUAUCCUUGCGGAGAGGUUAGAAGCCGCUCAGAAUGCACUUGCCAAUUCAAAGGCGAACAACGUUCGCGUAAGGAGAGCUGAUACGAAACCGAUCAGGCCGAGUGGUAUAUACAUAUUCAACGGUCUACCUUUCGAUUGGAGGCCCGAAGUUCGCGGCCAAUUAAUAGCCGCGUACAGCUACGGUAAUGUUCCUGGAAAUUUGUUGGGCGGUAUGAUGGCCGUUAAAUGGGGCGCAAAGAACGCGAUACUCUGGACAUCAAUUCUAGCAGUUACGAUAUCGUUCUUCAGCCCAAUCCUCGCACAAUUUCACUGGGGCAUUCUUUUAGUCUCGAGGAUAAUCAUCGGUGUGACCGGUGGUAUAACGUUUCCGGCGUGUCACAGUUUGGUGGCGCGUUGGGCGCCUCCGAACGAGAAGGCACGUUUUGUUUGGUCGUUGCUCGGUGGCACGUUCGGUACCAUUUUCACGUAUCCAUUGGUCGCUGGUAUAGCAGAAUCCUUGGAAUGGGAGAACGGAUGGUACAUUCCAUCGUUGUUAAUGGUGAUUUGGAUAUUUUUCUGGGCGCUUAUCGCAUACGAUUCUCCCGAAGAGCAUCCUGGUAUCUCGGCUGAAGAAAAGGAUUACAUUAUCACUGAACAAGCGGGCACAGUUCGCAAAGUAAAGCCGACGUUGAAACAAACACCGUUAAAAGAAAUAUUUACUUCAAUACCGUUCCUCAGCUUGAUCGUGUGCCAUUUCGGGAAUAUGUUUCUCCUCUUCUUUUAUCAAAACGCCAUGAUGAUUUAUCUAACGAAAGCUUUAGGAUUCGAAUUGACCAGAGGUGGUAUCGCAGCCGCUCUUCCCUGGCUUUUCAGAAUGGUCUUCGGCUUCUUUUUCAGUUGGGCUGGUGAUACGUUGAAGAGAAAGAACAUCUUUCGUGUCACCACUAUACGUAAAGGCGCAACGUUUUUCUCUCACUUCCUGCCUGGAUUCUUCUUCAUUUUGGUCGGAUACGUUGGAUGCAGGUUCGUGCUUGCUAACAUAUUUCUUAUGUUGGCGCUUGGCUUUAACGGAGCGGCGAGCAUCUCCAACCUGUCCAACAAUCAAGAUCUUUCCCCGAAUUUUGCCGGUUUUCUAUACGGUAUCAUGAACACUAUCGGUUGUACUUCCGGUUUUAUUAUUUCUCCUCUGGUCGAGGAGAUAGCUGGAAAAUAUGGAAAUCCUAUCGAAAGAUGGCAAACAUUGUUCUGGAUUGGUGCUGGGGUGUGCAUAGUUUGCAUGAUCGUCUUCUUAUUCGGAGGAAGCGGAAACAUUCAACCUUGGAACGAGGUUCGAAUCGAAACGGAUGAAAACGAAACUUAAUUAUAUUUAAAAUUUUUAUUUUUAUUUUUAACGUUAAAUAUUUCUGCGA